UGUUGAAGUAGGUAAGUUGUCUAGUCAAUGCCCCUCUACAGCUCAACUAAUUAUCAGGUCGGUGAAUUUAAAGUCGCCUUUGUAAGUUUCUGCACAUUGAAGAAAUGGUUCAAAGAAAAGUUAAAUUUUGAAUGCAGUUCAAUGUAUAUAAAGCAAAAAGUACGGGAUAAGGAUCCCUUCCUGUAGCCAGCCUCCCACGCUUUAGGUAGUUUAAAGUUGACUUAGGACUUCUAGACCAGUGCUCUGAGCUGGCACUGCCAAAAUCCUUUGACCAGUACCAAUAAGAUGAGAUCACCAUUCACGAGUUUCAAUUCCAUUCAAUUCAGCUGCUCCUGUGAGGUUUCUGUUUUAUUGGUUGCUUCUAACCAAGGAUGAUCUUCUGGUUUCCUAGAGCAAAAUGGGUGCCAAGCUGUUGGUGUUCAUCGUGUUGUUUGCUAAUGGCUUCUGGUUCAGCUCCAGUUUGUCUCAGGAAGGGAAAGCGUUGAUUUUGUUCAAGAAUGGUCUGGACCAAGAAUCACAGAAGUUGCUUUCUUCGUGGAAUGAAUCUUCCCAGUUUCCCUGCAAAUGGACUGGAAUCACAUGUGAUAAGUUCCAAAGGGUGAGUGCUAUCGAUUUAGCUUCGUUAAAUCUGCAAGGCUCCCUGAGUUCCCCUGUUUCCUCUCUUCUUAGCCUGAAAAGAAUUGAUCUCAGUCACAAUAACUUAACCGGAAGCAUUCCAGCUUCCUUUCUCAAUCUGACAAACCUUGAGGAACUUGUGCUCGAGGAUAAUUAUCUUUCUGGGAAAAUUCCGCUGGAGCUCGGACAAAUGCAGAGCCUUAGAAUUCUGAGCCUGGGAAAUAAUAGUCUUCAAGGAGAAAUCCCGCCAGAGCUGGGAAAGCUUACCAAGUUGCAGUCUUUGUCGCUCUCUAGCAAUAAUUUGGCUGGUCCCAUACCGCCUGGAAUUGGCAAUUGUAGUAACCUCACUGUUCUGGAUUUGGAUUCGAAUUAUCUCGAUUUGAUUCCUUCCGAAAUUGGCAACUUGCAGUCGCUGAAAGUUCUGCGGCUUUAUUUGAACUCCUUCAGUGGUGAAUUCCCUUUGUUUAUUGCUAAAUGCAGAAAUCUAGAGGUCUUAGACCUCAGCCAGAAUUUUCUGGUGGGGCGUAUUCCUUUAGAGCUCACAGGGAUGAAGAAUCUGGCUUUCAUCAAUCUCACAGUGAAUUCUCUCAGUGGCGGCAUACCAGCACAAAUCGGGAAUCUUACAAAGCUACAGGUGCUUCGUCUGGGGGCAAAUAAUUUUACCGGACCAAUUCCAAUGGAGUUAGGUAGGUUACACAAGCUGCAAAUACUGGAGCUUUUCUGGAACCAGUUGGGAGGCAGAAUUCCAGCUAGUUUGGGGGAUUUAACGUUCUUGCAGAGACUGGAUCUUCACAACAACAGUUUGGAAGGAAAUAUACCAGAAGAGCUCGGACAGUGCUUGAAUUUAAUGUUCAUGGAUUUGUCGCUCAAUAAGCUGGAAGGUCCUAUACCGCUUAGCUUCGCUUCUUUGUCCAGCGUAAGUGAGCUUGGAAUGUCAGGAAAUCUUCUUACGGGAGCACUUGAUGGUAGAUUUCUGGGGAACUGGACGAAUUUGAUUUCGCUGCAGCUCCAAGGGAAUAACAUGGAUGGCAGAAUUCCUGCACAAGUAGGAAUGUUGAAGAAGCUCCAUAUUCUGUAUCUGUAUGAGAAUUCCUUUGCGGGAGCCAUUCCGGCGGAGAUUGGGAAUUGCUCGAGCUUGCAAGAACUCGAUUUGUCGCAGAAUUCUUUGACCGGCGCCGUUCCUCCUGAGCUCGGAAAUUUAAAAUUUCUAGUGACGCUCAAUCUCUUCGAGAAUAAUCUCAAUGAAAGCAUUCCUGCGGAGCUAGGCAAUCUGAAGGCCGUACAGACUUUUGAUCUUUCCAGCAACAACUUGACAGGCAACAUUCCAGGAGGUAUAUUUGUGCUUCCUAAUUUGACUGUGCUCUAUCUUCAUAACAAUCUUCUUUCAGGUAACAUUUCUCAAAGCUUGGGGAAGUACAGUGAUAUUCUAAGAGUAAGCAUCUCCAACAACAGCCUGACAGGCAAUCUUCCUCCGCAGAUCUGUCAACGGGGAAAGCUGCAGCUUUUAACAGUGAAUCGCAACAAAUUUUCAGGUCCUAUACCGGCGAGUUUUAGGGAUUGCAAGAGCCUGGUUCGGGUUCGGCUAGAGCAAAAUCAGCUGGAAGGAAGCAUAACGGAUGCCUUUGGAGAAUAUCCGAGUUUGUCAUACCUGGAUAUCAGUUCUAAUCAGCUUUACGGUAAAAUUCCGCCUGUUUUGGGUCAGUGCCACAACCUUACUGUACUCGUCAUGUCGAGGAACUAUUUCACAGGGACAAUUCCUCUGAAGAUUACUGGCCUCCAAAAUCUCGGUAAGCUUAAUAUUUCCAGCAAUUACAUAAGAGGAAGUAUUCCACCUGAGAUUGGCAAUAUAAGCACAUUGUCUGUGCUGGACAUAAGCGACAAUGACCUUACAGGGACAAUACCAGUGCAGAUUGGGAAGUUGACUGUGCUAGAAACUUUAGCUUUGAGCAGAAAUAAGCUGUACGGUGAAAUUCCAUCAGAGAUCGGCAAUUUGCAAAAAUUGCUGGAGUUACAUCUGGAUAGAAAUAAUUUCAGCGGAAGAAUUCCGGCAACGCUUGGUAAUCUGGUGAAUUUGCAAAUAAUCCUUGAUCUUAGUCACAAUUCACUGUCUGGAACAAUUCCUGCUCAAUUAACGAACUUGCAGUCCCUAAUCAUCCUGAAUCUGUCUCAUAACAAUCUCACAGGUCGAAUUCCGUCAAGUUUUCCAGAUUUGCUGAGCCUUUCUUCCUUGGACCUGUCCUACAACGACCUGGAAGGUCCGGUUCCUCGAUUCCGUCAAGUUUCAAUAUUUACAUCUUAUGCCGGAAAUGCUAAGCUUUGCGGCACGGGAGGUGGAUUGAAGUCUUGUACCAGCAAUUCAGUAAAUCAGAAAGAUGAAGGCAAAAGUUCUCCAACUCGUAAGAUUGUGGCCAUUGUGGUUCCAAUAGCUUCAGCUCUAGUCAUCUUAGCAGCUGCAGGAGCAAUAUUUAAAUGCUGGACCCGACAGAGAACUGUAACGGGAGAACCAGAUGAAGAAAAAGAUAAUUUCUCGCUGUGGCACUCAGACAGCAGCAAGGACAUGCUAGGCGAAAUCCUCAGAUCCACCGAAAACUUCAACGAAAAAUACUGCAUCGGCAGAGGCGGAUCCGCUGCGGUCUACAAGGCAGUUCUUCCGUCGGGUCAAACGUUUGCCGUCAAGAAGCUUUUUCCAACAAUUGACGGAGCAGCCGCAGACAGAAAGAGCUUCCUUUCAGAAAUCGAAGCACUGGCGGGGGUUCGACACCGGAACAUCGUGAAACUCUUCGGCUACUGUUCACAGAGCCCGUUAAGGCUCCUGGUAUAUGCUUACGUGGAAAACGGAAGCUUGGGACAGAUUUUACACAGUGAAAAGGCAAAGGAUCUACAGUGGGCCACACGCUACAAGAUCGUGCAAGGAAUAGCCCACGCCUUGGCAUAUCUUCAUCACGAUUGUGAUCCGCCAGUUGUGCAUCGGGACAUUACUUGCAAUAAUGUAUUGCUGGAUUCCUCCAUGGAACCCUGCGUUUCCGAUUUCGGCACAGCCAAACUUCUCAACAUCGAUUCCUCCACCGUCUCUAAAGUUGCCGGCUCCUAUGGAUACAUGGCUCCAGAGAUCGCGUAUACAAUGAAAGUGACGGAGAAAUGUGAUGUGUACAGCUUUGGAGUGCUCGCUUUGGAAGUAAUGAGUGGAAAGCAUCCCAUUGGAGAAGGACAAAACGGGGUUUUGUCCAGCGAAGGAAUUCCGGAUAAUGGAGGAGAUGACGUGUUUGUAAAGGAUAUUCUGGACGCGAGAUUGGAGCCCCCGAAAGGAGCCAUGGUCGACAAGAUUCUGUAUUUGCUGAAAAUGGCGUUUGAUUGCCGGAAUUCAUCUCCAAGUCACAGGCCGAGCAUGAGAGACGUUGCAAAGUUUCUGGCAGCCACAGAUGAAAAUAUCCGGAAAAGCAAAGUGCAUGAGUACUACUUGAACACUCUUACACUUUCUCAGCUCUUGUCAGAUUCAUAGAUUCAUACAGACUUCACAAAUCCUGUCACAAUACUUCUCGGACUCGCCAUGUUUGACUGGUUCGAAAGCAUGCAGGGAGGAGAUUUUUAAUAAUAAAAAUACUGGUCCCCAAUUUCCUCCUAAGGGUAGUUGGAAUUUAAAAUGUGAUUUAAUUAGAUUAAUAGUUUGUAUUUAAAUAUGGAUAGUGUUUGGUGAAAAAGAAUAGUUCCUUAGUUUCUUAGCAGUCUCGCUAAUAUCGGAGACGGCCCAAUUAUACUGGGGUCUUUCCCUAAUUUUGUAAAAUAUUAUGAAACCAUGAUUAUAAUGUUUCAAGGCAAAGGGCAUGGUGUAUUUUGAGGUUUGAAUA